AUGAACCUCAACAUCUCCCCGGACGACGUAUGCUGGGCCCAGGCCGAAACCAUCUCCGACACCUGGCUCCUCCAAUUCCUAGAAAUCGACAUCCUGCGCCCAAUCGCAGACUUCAUCCUCCAUCACAACCGCGGCAACGCCACCGAAUUCGCCAUCCUCAGGAAAGGCUCUUACAACAUCUCUCUGCGCUUGAAGUAUGAACCCAACGGCGCCACCGUCAUUCGCUUUCCGCAGCCCGGCGCCGUGCUCUUCCCUGAAGAGAAGAUCGUGAACGAAGUCUCAGUCAUGCGCUUCCUCGCCGACCAGACCACCAUCCCCAUCCCAUUCAUCCUGCACUCAGGAACCAAGCAAGAGAGCCCUCUCGCAUUGAGUCAUUCAUCCUCAUGGAAGGCUAGGCUGCGGAGACUGUACGCCCAAAUGGCCGACGUUCUACUACAACUCUCCCUCCCUGCCCUCCCGCGUAUCGGCUCGCUCAGCCAGCAGGACGACUUCACCUGGGAGGUGACACGCCGACCGCUGUCGAUGAACAUGAACGAGCUCGUUCGUCUGGGCUGUCUGCCUCGCUCCCAACUGCCUCACGUAGACACGACAUUCCCCACCGCCUCAUCAUACGUUCAGUUCCUGGCAGACCUGAAUCUCGACCAUCUAAUCCAUCAACGCAACGACGCAGUCACCUCCGAGGACGACUGUCGGAGGAAGUACGUCGCGCGGUGUCUCUUCCGUAACCUCGCCCGCGAACAGCGCCUCACCACUCCAGCACUGGAGAACGGCCCCUUCAACCUCUGGUGCGACGACCUCCGUCCCGCCAAUGUACUUCUAUCCCAAGACCUGCACAUAGCCGGGGUGUGGCUUCUGAUCGAGCGGCCCGAGGAAUGGGCCGGGGGGGUUGAGGAGUGGACUCGGGUGUUUGAAGCCCGGCUGCGGACGUUCCUACAAGUUAUGCAGAAGGGCGAGGAUCAAGAGAUCCAGCGGGGUCGGUUGCACGAGGGGCAGAGGUUGUCCGGUGCGAUGCGGCGGAGCUGGGAGAGUGGGGACUUCUGGGUAAUGUAUGCGCUGCGGAAUAGUUUUGCGUUUGAUCUGGUUUAUUGGUUGAAGAUUGAUGAGAGGUUUUUCGGGGUUAGUGGACGAGGAGUAGAGAGGGCAUGGGAGGAGCGGGUUGGGUUGUUGAGUGAGGAGGAGAAAGAGGAGAUGGAAAUGCUUGUGACGAGGAAGAUGGCGGAGAGGGUGAGUAGGCCUCUUAUUUGGGAUGCGGAUCAUGUGGAGGAUAAUGGGACUGGGGCUGAUGGGAUGGAUUGAGAUGGUCUACCUAGUACCGGCCUGUGGAGCUCUUCUGGCUAACCCUCAAGGCGAUGGAUGUCUCCCAGAGAUUCACCGUCCAAAACACCCCAAUUUCUCCUACAAGCAAGCAAGCCGUCCUGCAAAGGUGUGCUGUGCUGUGCUGUGCUGUAAACGGAAGCCAAACUACCACAAAACAAACGGGCCAUGCCUCUAAGUUAUCCCCUCUUACGCAUCAGCAAACCAAAAG